AUGUCUCAAGGAGUUAAAGAAAGAUAUUAUUUGUUUGAAGCCACAUCAAGGAGAAGUAAAAGAAAGCAGUGCCCCUAUGAGAAAAAAGAAAUCAACCACAUUCGAACAAAACGUUAUUCCUUAACAAGAGUUAGGCGAACGAAGAAGUUAAAUUGGAUUAGCCACUCUCAAGCGCAGCUCAGUAUACGAAUUGACGAAGAUGAGAUUAUCGAAAAAUGCGCUAAUGUAGUCGAAUAUCUGACCAAUAAAUUACAUAUUGUUAAAAUAUCGAUAGUCAAUCAAACGUGGCGAAUGAAUCAACUUUGCCAAACAAUUACGGCAUAUGCUUCUAAUACAAUUUGUAUAACCACCUUAAGCUCUGGGUCAGAAAUAGAAAUUUUUUGGAAGUUAGAAGUCAUAAGAUUCAUAACAAAAUAUAACGACAGAUUUCGAGUAAUAUGGCCAUGGAAAGAAAGAAAAAGAAAAAAUAAGCAACAAUUAAGCAACAAUUUUAGGCUAUGCUUGGGACGUCUUAAAAAACUGGUCAAACGAUUACAACAGGAAUCAAUUUUCAACUAA